AUGGUCAAGGCUGUCUGCGUCGUCCGUGGUGACUCCAAGGUCACCGGCUCCAUCGUCUUCGAGCAGGAGUCCGAGUCUGCCCCUACCAAGAUCACCUGGGACAUCAGCGGCAACGACGCCAACGCCAAGCGUGGCAUGCACAUCCACACCUUCGGUGACAACACCAACGGCUGCACCUCCGCCGGCCCUCACUUCAACCCCCACAACAAGACUCACGGCGCUCCCGAGGACUCCAACCGCCACGUCGGUGACCUCGGCAACAUCGAGACCGACGCCAAUGGCAACUCCAAGGGCACCGUCACUGACUCCCACGUCAAGCUGAUCGGCCCCGAGUCCGUCAUCGGCCGCACCAUCGUUGUCCACGGCGGCACCGACGACCUCGGCAAGGGCGACAACGAGGAGUCCCUCAAGACCGGCAACGCUGGUCCCCGUCCCGCUUGCGGUGUCAUUGGUAUCUCCAACUAA